AUGUAUAUGUAUAAGAGAUCAGAAACAAAAGAGCCAGAGGAGAAACUAACUGCAAGAGUGACUAGAGAGCUAGAAACAAUGGAGAAUCACUACAACAACGAAACAAAUAGGGAUGAAGAAACAAGUCCCCCAGUGAGUCCAUUAUCACAGAGCUUUAAUAGCACAACAAUAUCUUUAAACAUUUUUGCUAUUUUCGAACUAGAGACACCGAUUACUGAGUUUGAAGUACUAAAAUUCUUGCUCAACCAUUUUUUGCCAUCGAGUAUUCGUUUUUCUUCAAUUAUGGAGAAAAACUGGAAAGGUAUUGUUAGAUGGAGAAAAGUCGAUGUUCAAGUGGAAGAUCAUUUGAUCGUUCCGACAUUCCCUCUUGGUUUAACCAGUGAAAGGUACGACAAUUACUUGAGAGAAUACUUAUCAAAAAUAUGUUGCGAGAAUUUUUCAGACGACAAACCAUUAUGGGAAGUUCAUUUAGUUAAGUACCCAAGUUUAAGUGGUGCUUGUACGAUGAUCUUCAAGUUAAGUCAUGCAAUUGGUGACGGCUAUUCUUUUAUAAGAGUGUUUUUCAUGUCUUUCGGAAGAGCUGAUAAAUCUUCAACUCCACUAACUUUUCCGCGAGUAACAUUGAUAAAAUCACAGCAACGAGAUGAUGGUAAUCGAUUAAUAGGACUUGGAAAGAAGUUGUUCGAGUUAAUGCAUAAGUGCACGAACACAUCUUUUGACGUCAUGGAAACCUUGCUGAGAACAACGUAUUAUGAAGAUCGGCCGUCUGCAAUACGUUCAGAGACAUCGGCAAAAGGAAAGAUGGAGUUGUUCAGGCCUCUUAACAUCCACUCGUUAACAUUAUCACUUGAAAGAGUUAAGAAAGUUAAAACCAAGCUUGGAGCGACGAUGAAUGAUGUAAUCAUUGGACUACUGUCGUAUAUCAUUCACUUGUACGCAGUGAGAAAAAACAAGAAUAUGGAUCAGUAUGGUGAAGAUGGCUUGAAGAAGGACUCUAUUAAUGGUGGCACAAAUACAAGCAUGACCAUAUGUGUCACUCUUAACAUGAGAAUAUUUAAGGGUUUUACAAACAUUGAAGAUAUGAUAAGGGCAGACGCGUGGGGGAACCAUACUAGACUCUUGUUCACGCCAUUACCGACUUCUAGAAAUCUCGAGGAAGUUAACCCUCUUGAUUUUAUUUUCAAAGCAAAAGAUAUUAUGGAUAGAAAAAAGAAAUCCAUGAUCUUUUAUCUUAUUGAUUCAUUAUUCCUAAAGGCUGCAAUGUGGGCAAAGGGGCAAAAGGGGUUAGAUGGAUUGCUGUAUUCAAGCUUUAAGAAUACAAGCACUUUUAUAUCAAGUGUUAUAGGUCCAAAAGAGCAGAUGGCUAUCAUGAAUCAUCCUGUUAGCAGUUUUUACUACUUCAUGUCGGGUAUACCUCAGAGUAUAACGUUCACAUCAGUGAGCUGCAUGGAACAAUUGAAGCUUGUGGUAACAAUGGAAAAAGGCUUUAUUGAUUCAGAACUUUUCAUUUCUUGUAUGGACGAAGCCUUUGAAAACAUUUUUCAAGCAACAUUUGGAAAUCAUCCAGGCAAGGACGACAAUGAAAUCAAGAAAAAAUACAGCUAA